CUUUACUUGACUUCACUCAAAUUCGCCUGUCAAAGCAUUCACUCAAGCUUUUACUCACAUCCGUAUGAUAAAAAAACGAGAAUUGAGUGUUUACUUUUCGAACAUCACAAUUCGUAUGAAUAAAACCGUAACAGUCAAGUAAACACUCCGAAAACUUUGAGUGUGCCUCUAAGCAGACUCAGACCGCACUUCGCAAGGGAUCGUUUGGAGAAUUACGUAAAAUUUAAGUUUAUAAGGCAUACAUCAAUAUGUACUCUGGGGAUUUUUUUAAUCUACCAUUUCAACCAGUUGUCGAUGUUGAUGGUAUUUAUACGAGAAAUCGCGCAACAAAAAUAUACAAAGGGAGACGCAUAGGUGACGAUGACAAUUUCAAGCAACUAUACAGAUUCUCCCGCGAAAACGUUGAUCAUUUAGCACAAAUUUUUUUAGGAAACGACAAUGAAACUAGAGGUGGAGCUCUCGGGGACAUCCAGCGAAUGAAAUGUUUCUUGCGUUACUUGGGAGACCCCGGAUUUCAGGUUGGAGUUGGAGAGGAUCUGGGUAUCCACCAAACAACGGUAUGCAAAACUAUAUGGGCUGUGUGCAAGGCAAUUGUUAUCAAAGCCAACGAUUGGAUUCGUUUUCCACAGACGACACAAGAACUGGAACAUGAAAAGAAAGUCUGGUUGUCCAAACAUCGAAUGCCCGGUGCAAUCGGGGCUAUAGAUUGUACCCAUAUCCUGAUAAAAAGACCCAAUAUCUACAAGGAUGAGUUCAUUAAUAGAAAGGGGCUCCAUUCUUUCAACGUACAAGCGACUUGCAAUGCCAAAGAGAUUUUUUUAAAUGGGCUGGUUCCGUUCAUGACGCUCGUAUAUGGCGGAACUCCGAAAUAUUGAAAAUUAUGCAGCAAAACGGAUCCGGUGCUCUACUGUUGGCUGAUGAAGCAUACCCUUUAGCACCGUGGACGAUGACCCCGUAUCGAAA